AGGGAAUGGAUGCUGUAGUGUCCCCCAUUUAACAAAGUGAGGCUCAGAGAAGUUCAGAUUCUUGCCCGAGGUCACACAGCCAGGAAGGGUAGCAUCCUGCAUUUGAACCCCGUCUCUUUGGCUCCAAAACUACAGUCGGUCCUGGGAGAGAGAGGAUCGCGCCGACAGCUCAAUCCCAGAGAAAACGUGAAGAAAAUUAGUCUGUAAAACGUAAGCGCGGAGAGGGGCUUCAGUGCGCGAGGGAAUUUGCAGACGCUCCCUGCUGCUGGCGGGGGACAGCACGACCUGCCCUUCAGUUAGGGACCUUUAGCCUACCAAGCGCUAGUGGAAGCCGAGGUGGCAGCGGCGGCAGGACCGGCUGCAGAGGCUGAGGCCGAGGCGGAAGCGCCAUGUCCGAGCCGCCCUCGCGGGGUGCCGAGCGGGACCUUUUCCGGGACACCUGGGUGCGGUACCUAGGCUACGCCAAUGAGGUCGGGGAGGCCUUCCGCUCCCUGGUGCCAGCAGCUGUGGUGUGGCUGAGCUAUGGUGUGGCCAGCUCCUACGUGCUGGCCGAUGCCAUCGACAAGGGCAAGAAGGCGGGCAAGGUCAGUGGACUUCCUCCUGGACUCCAGCCUGCGCAAGCUCUACCCCUCAGUGGAGAAGCCCAGCUCCUCGUGACCCCGCCUUGGUACCUGGCUUGUGGGUUGGCCCAUCCCUGCUCUGUUCCAACUUCCUCCUCCUGCUGGGGGAUGCAGAUGCCUGGCUCCCUGGGGUCCGAGGCCCUGGCACCUGAGUGGAUUGGAGCUGGACAGAACUGAGAGACCAAGGCCUCAAGGAGCAGCAGCCACAGUGCAUCACAGUCAAGGGCGGGACCUGAACCCGUCUGCUUCCACGGGAUCCAUGAUACUGAGUGGGAGUGGACCCGGGUGGGCCCGGCUCUGUCUUUUCUCAGGGAAGUAACAUCCUCUCAUGGAGGAGGAAACUGAGGCCCAGACAGGGCAGGGAGCAUGGCCAAGAGCACUUGGCAAGCCGGGGAUCCAGGACUCCCAGAGGCUCAGCCGCGUCACCCCAUGGCAGCGCGGCUGGCUGGAGGACCCUGAGGACUGAUUCUCCGGCCAGCCCAUCCCUGGGGCAGGGGCUGCUGGGGCCUCAGUGGAAGGCAGGACAACUCUGGCCCAAUAAAUCCUCGAGAAAUUGA